UUAUAUCUGUAUAAGAUCUAGUUUAAUAGUUACAUGCAUAUUUUAAUAAUUGUCUAAAUUUUUAUUAAAAAAAUUUAAAUAUGAAACCAUUUACGAUUAUAAAAAUUUGCUUGAUCGUUUCAUUUUUCGCACCAUGUCAGAUAGAAGAAGUUUCAGGCCAAACGCUCUACCCGAUGUAUGGCGGAGCGCCAAUACCGUACGACAACCAUGGAGAGGAUGACCUCGGACUGCUACUAACUGUACUGCUUUUGGCAGCUAGAAAUAGAAACAGCCCAAACUGUAAUUGUUGUAACUGCUGCAAUUGUGGAAGCGGGACAAAAAGUAUACCUGUCCCUUUUCCGAUACCUUUUCCGACGAACAAUCCAAUCAUAAAUAAUCAGAAUUCCAGGAAUACGAAUGACGACGGUGAUAGUAGUGAAAAAACGAAUUCAAACUGCAAUUCUAGUUCAAAACAAAGUUUUCAGGAUUCAUCAUCAACGAAUUAUACCCUGACCUACGUACCUGUUCCAAUUGGUCAAAGCCAGGCAUCUAGUUCUGAAGAAUAAGAUUUUAUUGUUUUAUUUAUUAAUAAAAUCUUUUAGAAUAGUACUAAGCACAAUAUAGUAUAUUAAGAUUUUUUAUAACAGAUUUUGUAAUAAAACGAUUUAAAAUAUAAUAUGAUUUA